GGAAAAAGAGUUUUCUUUUGAGCGAAUCUGUGUGUACAGCAGCACAUGGAUCACCUCCCACUGUUCAUUAUCAAGGGAUAAGGCCCAAAAAUCAUUUCAUUUUUACUUUAACAUGAGUAAAUAAUACCAUUUCGCUAUAAAUAUGGCCAUAUGGGGGGGCAUUUACUUCAACAUGCAUGUCACAUAAAUUAACCCUCUUAUAUGCAUGGCAGCUGAAAGCUCGACUCCACCCAAAUUGUCAUCCGCCGCCACUAUGUCCGAUGAUCAAAACCCUACUUCUAGACUGAAACUAUUCGGUUUCCCAUUAACGGAGCACCAACAAGUUCCAGACAAGGCAGAUCAGAAUUUCGAAGAACACAGGAAAUUCAUGUGCCAAUUUUGCCGGCGAGCUUUUGCCAACUCCCAAGCUCUUGGGGGCCAUCAAAACGCGCACAAGCGAGAGCGUCAAAGAGCGAGGCGUUCCCAGUUGCAGAGUGGCGGCAGACAGUUCGUGGCAGCCGCGCCGAUUCUCAGCUCACACGCCGUCAGAUCAGUACCGCCCAUUUAUUCAAGAGGAUUCAUCAGCAAUGGCGGCGCCGCUGCCCCGAGCUUCGUGACGUCACAGGCGGCACAUGCAAAUUAUUACCGCCCAUCACGGCGAUUGUUCGUGACAACCCCUGUGAAGUUUGCUGAUAAUGCGCAGCCGUUUGCUGAUUUCUCAGGCAAUAACUUUCCGGAUGGGGAGGUAGGUCUUGAUCUCCAUCUAAGAUUGUCUCCUUCUGGUUAAAGAUAUCUAUAUAUAUCUUUUCGGAACAUUUUUUAUAAGCAUAUAUGUAUAUGUAUUUGAAGUUUGAUUUUGAA